UGCGAGAGAGUGAGGACCAGAGAAAAAGAGACUGACCUUUUACCCAAACUCUCACUACCUGUUAGUGACCUCCUGAGCAGCAGAAAGUUACUCUUUCCUACUGGAUUACAAAACUAGGAUUUGUGUCUUGACCCACGAUUUAUCAUGAAGCUCAUCCUGUUGACUGUGACUGUGCUAUUUCUGGUGGUGGGAGAAGGCACUGCAGACAGAAUCCUUUCCAGACGGACCAAGAGGGAGCUUGCCAGUCCUCUCCAUGUUGGCGGCAUCAGGGACCCAUUUGGCUCCUACUGCCAGAGAAGAGGAGGCUGCUGUCCUGGCAGAGAUGACCUGUGCACCGUGCCGUACUUGGACACAAUCUGCUACUGUGACCUGUUCUGCAACCGCACGGUGUCCGACUGCUGCCCCGACUUCUGGAGUCACUGUCUUGGCGUGCAGCCACCUUUCAUCGGCACCUGUGAAAGAAAUGGAAACAGGUUCUUUACAGGGCAAACAUACAAAGAAAACUGCAAUUUAUGCACAUGUGGGACUUCUGGACGCUGGGAGUGUGAGCAGAACGCCUGUCUGAUUGAGCCUGACAUUAUCCAAGCUGUCAACAGAGGAAACUAUGGGUGGAAGGCAGCUAACUACAGUGAGCUCUAUGGCAUGACUUUAGAUGAAGGCAUCCGCUACCGACUGGGCACACAAAGACCGACCAGAACAGUCAUGAACAUGAAUGAGAUUCAGAUGAACAUGGAUCCUCAGAGUGACAGCCUGCCGCCCUACUUCAAUUCAGCAGAAAAGUGGCCGGGGAAGAUUCAUGAACCGCUGGAUCAGGGCAACUGUGCUGCUUCCUGGGCCUUCUCAACAGCAGCUGUGGCAUCAGACAGAAUCUCCAUCCAGUCGAUGGGCCACAUGACUCCUCAGCUGUCUCCCCAAAAUCUUAUUUCCUGUGACACACGCAACCAGGGAGGCUGUGCUGGAGGACGCAUAGAUGGAGCCUGGUGGUAUCUCCGGCGCAGGGGAGUUGUGACAGAAGAAUGUUACCCAUAUCAACCUCCCCAGCAAACGCCGGCAGAGGUGGGCCGCUGCAUGAUGCAGAGUCGCUCGAUUGGACGGGGGAAGAGGCAAGCCACGCAGCGCUGCCCCAACACGCACAACUACCACAAUGACAUCUACCAGUCCACACCACCCUACAGGCUCUCAUCCAAUGAAAAGGAGAUCAUGAAGGAGAUCAUGGAUAAUGGCCCCGUGCAAGCUAUUAUGGAGGUCCACGAGGACUUCUUUGUCUAUAAGACUGGGAUCUACAAACACACAGAUGUCAGUUUCACUAAACCGCCACAAUACCGCAAACAUGGUACACACUCAGUCAGGAUCACCGGGUGGGGAGAAGACAGAAAUUUAGAUGGAACAUCAAGAAAAUAUUGGAUUGCUGCCAACUCCUGGGGAAAGAACUGGGGUGAAAAUGGCUACUUCCGGAUUGCUCGUGGGGAAAAUGAGUGUGAGAUCGAAACGUUUGUGAUCGGCGUGUGGGGCAGAAUCUCAAUGGAAGACAUGCACAACCAUCAUCACCACCAUCAUCACAGCCACAUUUAAAGACACUGCAGAUGUUAAAACCCUAUUAAAACCUCUAUCUUCUUCCCAACUACGGUUGGUUUUUUUUUAAUGCAGAAGAGCAUACUGUAACACCAAGAGCCUCAGUCCAUCACAUGCCCUUUACUUUCUAAACUGGCUGGGAUAGCCACAAAAUCAAAGCCAGGGUCCUCUUUUUUUUUUUAAAUCUUAGUUUACUCUGGGGAUCAAUACAAAACCCUGUUCUCCACCCUCUCUACAGUUUUAAUAGAGCAAUCGUGUAACUCAAGAUGUAUGGCACCAAAAAAAACAAAAAGAGAAAAACUAAGCUAAAGUUAUUUUACUUUGCCUUGCAAUCAGGCAACUCAGGUACCUACUGCUCCAAAGACCACACAUCCCAGAAUCCUCAGAAUAAUAUCUUGUGAGGCAUAUUCAUGUCAAAGAUGGGUGAUAACAGAAGUGAUCCUUUUAUUCUUUAGCCUUUUAUAGCUCUAAACCUAGAAUAAUCAGACAGGCUUGGAAAAGAGGAAAUCUGAGAGCCAAACUAUCAGAUGUUCGACCCUUUUAGAAAGACACACCCUUCUAAACCAUGUAACUCAAUAAUAUAUGACUGACAUAUUACUGACAUUUACCUGUCAGUUACACAGAGGCAUAGCCUGACCCAUUCCCUUGUUGUCAGGGAGGGCACUUAUAAAGAGUUAAUAGCUGGAGGCUAUAGGUUUUCUCACACAUUCCAGGAAAAGUGUAGAAUCUGACACUGGAAAUGCAAGGUGACUUAAAGUGUAACAUUACAAGGACAAUCACAGUCACUCCUAAUACUAAGGUAUUUUAAAGCAACAUCAACAAACAACAUCAAACAGGCAAAAUCAUGGCUUUUCGCCUACAUGUCACAGUGUCAGCAAAAAACAAAAAAAUUAACCAUAGAUUAUUUUUUCUUGCUUGCUUAUCUUGGAAUUUAUCUCAGAAUUUAGAUUUAAUAACCUUAAAUUUCAAGUUAUUGUCUCAAUUUUUAGUUAUUUUCUCAGGAGUUUGAUUUAGUCAAAAUUUUGAGAUAACCUGAAUUUACUUAUGGACUGCAAACGUUUUUUUCUUUCGGUGAAGGAAACGAGCUUCCAUAGGCUCCUGGUUGUAAAAUUACAAAAAAAUUAAAAUCUCCAUGACAAUUAUUAAAAUAUGAAUAAGUUGCCAUUCCCAAUCCUAAUAUUUAACUAUAUUAAAAAUGGAUGUGUUAAAAGUUUGAAGAUUGUCUUGCCUUAAAAAACAAAACAUAAAAAACAGACUUGCUUUGAUCGCUGCAAAAGAAAAUAGGAAGUAUGUAUAAUAGUCUUAAUUUACUGCAUUCUGUGUACACUGUUACAAUUUGAGCUAAAGGUGUUAAUUUUUUUUUGCUGCAGUUGCAUUUUAAAGAUUUUUUUUAACUACUUGUUUUACAAUGUACUGUAUUUAGAAAUCCUCUUAACACGCUCAUCACGCUGUUGUUUUUCUGCUUCUGCAUUGUUGUAACGGAACACAGCGAGGAGGAUGAAUGAGAGGCGAUAAUGCUGCUAAAGUCCAGCCUGUGCUGCGCUGUUUGUGUUUAGCUUUAUGCAUCUGAUAUGUAAUAAACAUAUAAAGCCACUUCUGAGUAACACUGUAACACAGAUUCAACCCACACAGGUCGCAGGUGAGCUGUAUGAGCUUGUUUAUGUUCUCAUUGCUUGUUGCAACUUUUUUAUUGUUUUCUGCUGCACCUGUAACAUAUUCCUCAAACUCUGUGAGAUAUCUUCAUUUCAAAUGUCUUUUCUUUGUUUUAAUUAUUAGCAUAGGCUCACUUGAAAAGCAAAGCACAGUGUGUUAUUACCGCAUGCCUGAAAUUACACCCCGGUUUGCUUCCAAUUUCAAAAGGAUUUGUUAUUUUUAUAUCAUCACGUCUUGUGAUCUUUAAGGCCUUUCCGUCUUUUUUUCAGGCAUGAAUUGGCGAAUGAGUAUAAAAGCAAAGAGAAAUGUCUGGAUGCUCGAGCAAUGUGCAGUGUGGUGGAGAGGGUAGAGAUUAGCAGUUGUUUGUGUGUUUCACGUGCGUUGUUAAAAAAAAAAAAAACAAAAAAAAAAAACUUUGCUGUCAAGAAAGGA